CUCACUCCGCCUCUGUUUUGGGUGCUCAGAAAUCUACUCCGACGGAACAAGAGAGGGGUUUUAGCUUUAAAGUUUCAAUUUUUACUUACAAUCAUGUUGCACAGCAAAUCUUUCGUCAAGAAGAGCCGUGGCGGAAAAGUCACCAAGGUGGUGAGAGAGCACUAUCUUCGUGAUGAUAUCUACUGCGGAGCUUCAAUUUGCAAACUUUGCGAUUCUAAAGAUGCUCGCUUGACUGCUUCCUCUGCUUCUCCUAUUCUCGUCAUUGAUACUAAUGUCGUUCUCAAUCAGAUUGAUUUACUUGAGAACCCGGCCAUUGAGGAUGUCGUUUUACUAUCCAUUGUGCUAGAAGAAGUUAAGAAUAAGAACUUGUCCAUUUACAACAGACUUAGAGCUCUUUGCAUUCCUUCUAGGAAAUUCUUUGUUUUCUCUAAUGAACAUCACAAAGAUACAUAUGUUAAGCAAAUGGAAGGAGAGACUAAAAAUGAUCGAAAUGAUAGAGCAAUUCGAGUGGCUGCUCAUUGGUAUCAAACUCAUCUCAGUGGCGCAGCUAGAGUUCUACUUAUUACUAAUGAUAGAGAGAAUAAGAGGAAGGCCAUUGAAGAGGGCAUUUCUGCAGAGACAAUUGAAUCGUAUGUGAAAUCAUUGGGUCGACCUGAUUUGCUUGACCAGCUUGUGCAUCCUUCGUCCGAAGAUGUAAAAAUGGAUGAGGUUGAAGAUUUGAGGCCAUCAAAAAAGAAAAUAAUUUAUUCGGAGCAUAAGCCCAUGUCCGAGAUUACUUCUGGCUUGCAUCGUGGUAUAUAUCAUCAAGGAAAACUUCGUGUAAAUCGUUACAACCCCUUUGAAGCAUAUGUUGGAAGCGAGAGUAUUGGUGAUGAGAUUAUAAUUUAUGGGCGCUCAAACAUGAAUAGAGCUUUUGAUGGGGAUAUAGUGGCUGUGGAACUCUUGCCUAAAGAUCAAUGGCAUGAGGAGAAAUCAUUGUCUAUAGCCGAAGAAGAGGACGAGGAAGAAGGUGUUCACCUAGUUCCAGGUAGUGCUGAUGAUGCUCCUAGAAAUACUUCUCAAGGUCAAGAUGAAACAGCACUAACCUCAUCUCGUCCAUCUGGUCGUGUCAUUGGUGUUAUAAAGAGGAACUGGCAUUCUUAUUGUGGAUCUUUGGAGCCGAUGCCCUUGCCUGCAGGUAGUGGAGGUGUUGCCCAUGCCUUGUUUGUCUCAAAAGAUCGCAGAGUUCCUAAAAUUCGAAUCCAAACUCGACAGCUUGUGAACCUUUUGGACAAGAGAAUAAUUGUGGCAGUUGAUUCUUGGGACUGUCUAUCUCGAUACCCUUCUGGACAUUAUGUACGAACCAUUGGGGAAAUUGGUGAUAGAGAUACUGAAACUGAGGUUGUCUUGAUUGAAAAUGAUAUUAACUCGCGACCCUUUUCUUCUCAAGUUCUGGCAUGCUUGCCACCUUUGCCAUGGUCGGUGUCUUCUGAAGACUUGUCAAAUCCUAUUCGGCAGGAUCUUCGACAUUUACGUGUAUUUAGUGUCGACCCUCCAGGAUGUACGGAUAUUGAUGAUACCCUGCACUGUACAGCUCUUCCAAAUGGAAAUUUUGAAGUUGGUGUCCAUAUUGCUGAUGUUACUAAUUUUGUGCACCCGGGCACCCCACUUGAUGAUGAGGCUUCACAAAGGGGUACAUCUGUCUACCUUGUUGAACGACGAAUUGACAUGCUUCCUAAACCUCUGACAGAAGAUAUAUGUUCUCUUAGAGCUGACGUGGAAAGGCUAGCUUUUUCUGUCAUAUGGGAGAUGACACCUGAAGCAGAUAUUAUUUCAACAAGAUACACAAAAAGUGUCAUUAAAUCAUCUGCAUCAUUAUCUUAUAUUGAAGCUCAGGCAAGGAUGGAUGAUAGUCGAUUGAUGGAUCCAUUAACUACAGAUUUAAGAAACAUGAAUGUUUUAGCGAAGACAAUGAGACAGAGACGGAUUGAAAGAGGAGCCUUAACACUUGCUUCUGCUGAAGUCAAAUUUCAAAUCGACACUGAGACUCACGACCCUCUUGAUAUUGGUAUGUACCAGAUUCGGGAAGCGAAUCAGAUGGUUGAGGAGUUUAUGCUUGCUGCUAAUGUCUCGGUUGCAGAAAAGAUACUUAAAGAAUUCCCUCUAUGCUCUCUAUUAAGGCGGCAUCCUACUCCAACAAGAGAGAUGCUUGAACCUUUGCUGCGUACGGCUGCUGCUGUUGGACUCAACUUGGAUGUUUCGUCCUCAAAAGCUCUGGCUGAUUCGCUUGAUUCUGCUGUGGGCAAUGAUCCAUAUUUUAACAAGCUGAUUCGCAUACUUGCUACCAGAUGCAUGACACAGGCAGUAUAUUUCUGUAGUGGAGAUCUUAGCCCUCCGGAAUAUCUUCAUUACGGGCUUGCAUCACCUCUAUAUACUCAUUUUACAUCUCCUAUCAGAAGAUAUGCAGAUGUUAUAGUGCACAGGCUGCUUGCUGCCUCGCUUGGGAUACACAAGCUUCCCACAGUAUUCCAAGACAGACCGCAACUAACUAGUAUUUCUGACAAUUUAAAUUAUCGGCACAGAAAUGCUCAGAUGGCAAGUCGGGCCUCAGUAGAGCUUCACACUGUCAUUUUCUUCAGAAAACGGCCCACAGACACAGAGGCCAGAAUAGUGAAGAUAAGAGCCAAUGGAUUCAUCGUAUUCGUUCCCAAGUAUGGCAUCGAAGGGCCUGUAUACUUGACCCAGAAAAGCGAGAAGGGAGGAGGAGAGUGGUUUGUAGAUGAGCAGGAGCAGAAGAUAAAAAAGAUGGAUGGUAGCCUUUCAUUCAGCGUUCUGCAGGCUGUUAAUAUUCAUUUGGAGGUUGUGGAACCCCAACCCAAUAGACCAAAAUUACAGCUUAGCCUUCUGAUCUGAUUUUUAUUUUUGAAAUUUUGUCUCUUAGAUGAGUUAUUAUUGAUUUGGGAUAUAUAAGAAGCUGUGUGUGCUGUUUGAGCUGUGGAGCUAAUGAAUGUGCAACUCCAAAUGCGCAUAGAAAAAUUGUACAGUUUUUUGGUGUAAUUGGAUCAAUUUAAUUUGUUGGUUUUGGAUUGAACUUGCA